GUUCUAGGGAUUUAACCAAUGGCCUUGUGCAUGUGAGGCAAUGGGCCUCACCAUGACCGUUGCUGUACUUACAAUGAAAACAACUUGGUGGAUGGCGUUUAUUGUCUCCCCAUAGGACACUGGAUUGAGGCCACUGGACACACCAAUGAGAUGAAGCAUACCACAGACUUCUAUUUUAAUAUUGCAGGCCACCAAGCUAUGCAUUAUUCAAGAAUUUUACCAAAUAUCUGGCUGGGUAGUUGCCCCCGCCAAGUGGAACAUGUAACCAUCAAACUGAAGCAUGAGUUGGGGAUCACGGCUGUCAUGAAUUUCCAGACGGAAUGGGAUAUUGUCCAGAAUUCCUCCGGCUGUAACCGCUACCCGGAACCCAUGAGUCCAGACACUAUGAUUAAGCUGUAUAAGGAAGAAGGUUUGGUCUACAUCUGGAUGCCAACACCAGACAUGAGCACUGAAGGCCGAGUGCAGAUGCUACCGCAGGCAGUGUGUCUCCUGCACGCGCUUCUGGAGAAUGGACACACCGUGUAUGUUCACUGCAACGCAGGGGUGGGCCGCUCCACCGCCGCGGUCUGCGGCUGGCUCCACUACGUGCUGGGCUGGAAUCUGAGGAAGGUGCAGUACUUUGUCAUGGCCAAGAGGCCAGUGGUGUUCAUUGAUGAAGACGCCUUGGCCCGGGCACAAGAGGACUUUUUCCAGAAAUUUGGGAAGAUUCAUUCUUCGGUGUGUAGUCUGUAGCUGGCCAAGCUGCCUCCCCUUCCUCCCAGUUUUCUUAAGGAUCCUGGAGUGAUGUUAGGAAAAUGACCUAGAAACAAAAGCCCCACUUGAACUGGGAGGACUAUGGUGGGUGUUCCUCCAAGCUGCUCCUGUGCUGCUGGGAGUGGCUUUCCAUCAGGCGUUGGGCUGUACUUUACAAAGGAAGCUAUGAUUGACACAGGAGAAAGGCCGAAAGCAGCUGGGUUGUGCAAUGUUGUUAUAGCAUCAGACACAAAAAGAAUGCACGCAGUCCCGGCUGCCUGCGGGCAGAAGAGUCUUUUGCUUCACAGGUACUGCGUGGGCUGUAGCAUAGAUUUGUAAGGGCAAUUUCUCCUUGCAUUGUGAUUCUUUGACAUGCAAAAUUAAAGAUCGCAGGUUAUGUGGCUCUCAUCACUAGACUAUUAUAUGUGUGUUUACACAUGCGUACACACACACAGCUUUUCUACUGAACUGAACUAACAUUAUGGUCAUUUGCCAAAGGAGGGAAUAAGGGUAGAAACUGAACUAUGACAAAAGAAGAGCUCAUAUAGACAGAAAGCAGUGAUUUUCUUGGUUUUUGUGUCCUGUUUUGUAGUGGUAUAGUGUACUCCUAGGCAUCUCCUUCCCUAUGUACCCGAAGACCCCAUGUGAUAACCAAGGUAGACUAAGCUCUCUAUUUGUUUUAAUGAGUUUGCCCAAAGUCUCACAACCAGUCAGGGAGGAGCUGGAGUUUGUAGCUCAUGUUUAUGUGAUUCAGUGCUAUUUUCCAUCCAAUUUGUUUUCCACCAUAGAGUAGUGACUUCAGUUUUGUUCCUCUCAGAAUAAGGUUGUUCCCCUGCAGAAAUUUCUACAGCGAGAAAUGCAACAGUGUUCAAAUCAAUUACCAAAGAAUUUAGGUAAGUAUUUCUAUUUUGUACAACCUAAUUUAAGACAUAGUGGGCUGUCUCAAGACUUGAGCCAUAACUCAGGAACUGUAUCACAAAACAGAACUAUAUGAGAGGAACUGUAUUACCAAAAAAAGCCCGAAGAGCCAAAAUCUUUAGGUCAUUGUUUCACAGCUUGAGUCUGAUCCUGGCUCAACCACCAGUUUAGUGCAACACACAGUUACUGUGCCUCCAGAACACACAAUUCAUUCCACUAAGUUCUACAGGAAACAAAGAUGAGCAAGAUGUUGCCUUCAAAAGUGUACACCUUGGAAACAGACCUGCGUUCAACACCCUAGACAUUGACCUGUGUUCAACCAGCCAUAAUACAAAAUUGAGUUGUGCUCUCGAGGUAAGAAUACAGGAAGAGAAACACCUUUCCAUUGAGUACCUGUAUGUGGUGUGUCUACCAUUUUAUUCAGUUGCACCUUCAUAAUACAGCAUGAGGGAGGCUUCAUUUUCUCCAUUAUUUAAAUGAAGAAGCAAAAGCUAAGAGAGGUUAAAUCAGUGUCAGUUGCCGCAUGCAGAGUAAAUGGAGUGAGAGACAAAACUAGAUUUGUUUGACUCACAGUUCACACUUUAAAAACUUAAACUAUAAUGCUUAUUUAUUUUUCUGUUUCUUCUUUCUUCCACAAACAUGUAUUGAUAGAUAAGAGAGAUUCUCAUUCAGGAGGUAUAAAAGGGGAUAAGAAGGACCCAGGGUGAGUUCCAGUAGAGCUCAGAAGAGGGGGAGAUGUCUUAUAACCAUGACACUUCAGGGGAGGUGACAUUUUGAUAUUUGCUUUGGGCAGAGGAGGCUAGAUAGGAAACAUUUUCUUUUUCUGACAGAUUUACAAAAUUCAAUUUAUAAACCAGCACUGGAUAGUGGGAAGUUCAGUUCUCUUGCUAAAAAUAGUUAGAAAUAGUCAUUGUAUCCAGGAACCCAUUUAUGUGUUAUAUAAAAUUUAAUCUUAAAAAUGGAAUAUUUUUAACUAAUAUACAUAAGUGGUGUGUGUGUGUGUGUGUGUGUGUGUAAUAAAUUUCCUUAAUGCCUAAGAAAUACAGCUGUAUAUUUCUACUUUAUAAUGGCCUUUUGGGAUAGAUUUCUUCCUUUUUUGCUCUGAUAAAACCAUUUUAAGACUAUUACAGAAUGUUUUAGAAUAACCUCUUUUGUCCUCAGUGAAUGGAAUGUCUAAUAUAUUUUGAAAUCACCAGGAUUUUUGGUUAAAUAAAAACAUUAGAAAAAGA